CAUCAACCUUUAUUUGCUAAACCAGCGCCCGCUUUCAUCUUCCUCGCCCUAUUUCCGGUGUCUUGCUGCCUUGUAGCAGAUUAAUGGCAUCCCUAAUACCCUCCCUCACACUGAGUUUACUCAUUCUAUUACUAAAUUUUAGACUGAUACAGUCGCUUCAGUGUUCCUCGCAGAAAUUCAGUGGGAAUCGAUACUACCAGCAUUGUACCGACCUCCCGCAUUUAAGUGCUUACUUGCAUUGGAACUACAACCCUGCUGAAUCUUCUAUCAACAUUGCGUUCUUGGCUCCACCCGCAAGACCCGACGGAUGGGUCGCGUGGGGCAUAAAUCCUAAUGGAAGCGGAAUGAUUGGCGCCCAAGCUUUGAUUGCUCACAAGGAAGCGAAUGGGUCUAUGGCUGUGAGGACUUUCAAGUUGGUUUCGUACAAGAAGGUUGAGGAAGGAGAGAUUGCAUACAAGGUCUCGAAGGUGGAAGCCGAGUAUAAAAAUGGUGUAGUCACAAUGUUCGCAACUGUCAGGCUUCCGAAGGAGACGGUUGUCUUGAGUCAGGUUUGGCAGGUCGGGAGCUCGGUGGUUGACGGAAUGCCGGUAAUGCAUGAGCUCGGGGCUGCAAACUUGAACUCUAAGGGCAAGCUUGAUUUGCCACAAGGGCAGAGCAGCAGCAACAGUGGAGAGAACUCUAAUCUGCAACGUAAAAGAAUCCACGGACUCCUGAAUGCGAUCAGCUGGGGAAUUCUGUUCCCGGUAGGCGCGAUCAUCGCGAGAUACUUGAGGUCUCUGAGGUUCGCCGAUCCAUUCUGGUUCUAUCUUCACGUCAUCUGUCAAUUUUCUUCAUACGUCAUCGGGGUGACCGGCUGGGCAAUAGGCCUCGAUCUCGGGGCCAAGUCUAAAGGCAUCGAGUACACGUCACACCGGAUAAUCGGGAUAGUACUUUUCUGUAUCGCGACACUGCAGAUGUUCGCCUUUUUCCUGAGGCCGAAAAAGGAUCACAAGUACCGGGUCUACUGGAACGUAUACCACCACGGAAUUGGGUAUGCCAUCAUCGUUCUCGGCAUCAUUAAUGUGUUCAAAGGGCUGGAGAUGUUGCGCCCUGCCAAGGCAUGGAAACUCGGCUACGUUCUCUUUCUCUCCGGGCUAGGCGCAAUCACCUUGUGCUUAGAAACCAUCACUUGGGCAUUGGUCCUAAAGAAAAAAUUCCACAAAUCCAAGAAACCAUACAACGGAUUCGAUCGCAGCGAGAAGCAGCAGCCUCUUGCCUCCUAGUAUGAGUCCUGAAUUGGAUCCGAUCUUUGCUAGCUGUCGUCUUGGCUGAUUCAUGUGAGGUCCCUUAGAAAAAAUUGUUGAUGCUCGCAUAAAUUGUAGGUGGAUAAUAGUACAAAUGGCUACAAAUAGAAGCUACGUAUUGCAUACUUCUAUCUGUUUCGAUCGGAAAGAUAUAUGGAUUUGAAUAGUGUAUGCUUAUAUAGAAAGGCUUAAGCAGUGAAGGCUGAUGUUGCUGCUGAGUGAUUUCAAUCGAUUGUAAGUCCUAAGUUGAUGCACAUGAGGUUUCUUGAAUAAACGAGAUUAUUUACUUCA